UUGGACGAAAAACGACAAUUGGAUACAUCUGUUCUUCGCCAAAGAAGAAGUUGGAUCCGAGAAAAAGGAUUCAACGACAAUUGGAAACAUUGGCCGAACGAUUUCGAGAGGAAAAUCGGGGAAACCAUUGAAGCUUGUAGUAUUUUGGCUGAAAAUCGGAUGGAUCGAAGGUGGCAGACAUGUUGCUGUUAUGUUGGAUUAGAUUGGGCUAUAAGUCGAGCAAAGUUGAGGAUAUUUUGGUGA